CGAUGCCGUGCAACCUCGUCCACCUGAGAGCUGAUAAGUGGAUCGGGUUAUGUAAGCAAUACCUGCCAGGGCCCUCUCCGCGCAGCUACAAUUAUAAAAGCAGCCAUAUUCGCCAGAUGGUGCUCCUCAUCCAACAGCCCCAUGUCUGAAGAUAAAGUUCCUCCACAGGUGGAAGUCGACACCAACUCCUCCAACGACCUCUCUGGGGCCGACCUUGGCGAUGGCCACCUCGAGCUCCGCCAGCACUCCUCUGCCGAAAUCGAGUCGCUGGGCAAAUGGUACGACAAGAAGUUCCGGGUGUUUGGCGCAGGUUUCCGUUUCUCUGACUCCAUGACCCAGGUGGUGAUGUUGUCGUUUGUGGUUUUCAUGACUCCCGGAAUGUACAAUGCGUUGUCGGGAAUUGGUGCCUCCAUCAAGGACGUCAAGACCUCCGACAACUCAGUGGUGGCUCUUUACUCCACCUUUGCUACCAUCGGGUUCUUUGGUGGUACCAUCUGUAACACCAUCGGUGUCAGAGCCUCUCUCAUCUUUGGAGGAAUCGGUUAUGCCCUCUACUCGGCCUCCUUGCUUUGCUACUACCACACUGAGAACAAAGGCUUCGUCAUUUUCGCAGGUGCUUUCUUGGGUGUGUGUGCCUCCGUGUUGUGGGCUGCCCAGGGCUCCAUCAUCAUGUCGUAUCCCGCAGAAGGCCAGAAGGGUAGAGCCCUUAUGGUUUUCUGGGUCAUUUUCAACCUUGGUGCCGUGAUCGGUUCCAUCAUUCCUUUGGCCAACAACUUGGAAAAUAAGAACUCGUUCGUCAACGACGGUACCUACAUUGCAUUCAUCAUCUUGAUGUGCCUCGGAUCGGUGAUUGCCUUCUUCAUGUUGCCUAUCUCCAAGGUGUGGAAGGCCGACGGAACCAGAGUCAUGACCAAGGCCCACCCCAACUGGAAGAAGGAGUUGAUGGACAUGGGUAGAUUGUUGAUCAAAGAACCAAAGAUCUACUUCUUGUUCCCAAUGUUCUUCUCUUCCAACUGGUUCUACACCUACCAGUUCAACGAAUUCAACGCCGGAAGAUUCAACCUUAGAACCAGAUCCUUGAACUCGUUACUUUACUGGUUCUCCCAGAUGGUGGGUGCCGUUGCCAUCGGUACCGUUCUUGACAUGGGAAGAUACAGAAGAUCCGUCAGAGCCAAGAUCGGAUGGGUUAUUGUGUUUCUCACCGGAAUGGCUAUCUGGGGUGGAGGUUUGAAGUUCCAAUUGGGAUUCACUAGGGAAGACGUUACCCCUAUCAAGCACGCUGAUGGAACCAUCACUCCUGCCCGUCUUGCUCCCAUCGACUACAAGGAGGGCAAAUACAUUGGCCCCAUGUUCUUGUACAUGUUCUACGGAGUCUACGAUGCCAUUUUCCAGAAUUUCAUUUUGUGGACCUUGGGUGCCAUGUCCAACAACCCCAAGAAGACUGCUCUCUACGGUGGUUUCUACAAGGGUAUCCAGUCUGCUGCUGCUGCUAUUGCCUGGAGACUUGAUGCCAUGGGACACCUGUACAUGGCUAUGUUUGGUUCAUCGUGGGGUUUGGUCCAGGGAUCGCUUUUAAUUGCAGCCCCAUUAAUUUUAUUCAAGAUCACCGACCAUACCGAACUUGAAGAUGAUGGUAUGGAGAACAUCUUCGAUGCUGAUGAGUUGAGAUCCGUCAAGUCCACUGUGGGCUCCAAUUUGCCUAACGAUGAGAAGGUUUAAUAGCUACGAUAAUGUGUAAUAAACGCGAGCGUUGAAGGAUGUAGAUGACUGAUGGCAACUUCGUGAUCAAAAAUUGAUAUCCAGUCUCUGGUAAUAAUCAACUUGUCAGUAGAUGCGAUGAGCCUGGCCCUAGCUGAUCCUGCAGACCCCACACCCCACAAAGUCCCCGGUGUUGCAUCUGGGCAUGUUGCAUUGAAGAUAGAAUGGAUGCGACAGGCAAGAAAAACCAGAAAUGCCCAGCAUAGGCGACGGUGCUUUGGACGGCUCGUUAAAGGCGGUGGAUGUGGGUAUGCUUGGCAAUUCUGGAGAUGGUAGCCAUUAAUUUGGUUUUGUUCCC